CAAUAAUAAACAACCGACGAACAGCCAUUUCCUACAACUAUCAGGUUAGGAGAUUUCAGCAUACUCACAAUGACGUCGCGCACCCCGGUCGAUCUCUAUGGAAAAGCAGCGCUACCUCCUUGCGAUGGGCCGCGUCUUAAGCCAUUUAAGUAUCGCAAAGAAUCCAUUGAAUUUGUUAGUCUGCUCAGUGAACCGCCGUCGAGUAGCCCAACCGGAGCAUGCGCACAUGUAUUCAAGGUUAAGUUUGGAAAGAGAGGCUAUUACGCUUUGAAAAUUUUCAAGUUUAAGAAGAUUCAAGACUUAAGAGGAGAACAAUGGGCACUAUCCAAUGAAAACGUUAGCGAUGAUGAUUUGGUAUUCCAUUCUGAUCCCUUCUAUGCUGAGUGCAGGGCUUAUGGAAAAAUCGAAGAGAUUGAAGAGUCGAUGGCGCGAAAGUCCUCAAAGGCUUCCCAGAGAGUUGCAGCUCAACAGAUCCAAUCCUCUACCAAACAAACGAAGCGGAAAUCCAGAUCCCAAAAGAACAGCAGAAGUCAGGUAACAUCUAAACACAGCGUCGAUCGCGAGGCUCAUAGACUUGCUGUCCCCUGUUAUGGAUUUAUGGGUUUACCCCCCACGUUUGAGGCAUUGCUCGCAGAGAGAUUUGGUAUAUUCGACUGGGAUCGCUCAUCUUCAGACGAAUCCAUGUCCCAAGAUAUCCGAGCACCAUUUCGUGCACUGGUUAAACAGCUUGUUGAGAACAAGCCUGCAUUUGGCCGUCCACGUAAGAUGCUAGCAGACCUGAAAAUUCUCAGAGCUCAUGAGAUCUACCAGAAAGACAUUGCUGCUCGCAACUACAUGAAUGGACUUCUCGUGGAUUUUGGGGCGGCAUGGACCAGCCCUCAUUGGUGUCUCGAGACACUUUCGCGAAACCAGUUACAUUACGAGCUAUUCUCGGACCUAUUUGAAUGGGAUCACAUGAUGCGUGAAGAGAUCCCAAGCACUGUUGUCAGAGCAGCCCCUCUCACUAGUCGUUUAUUAAGCUUGAGGGAUUACAGAGAAUUAGGUCAUGACAUGAAAUAUAAAAAUGCAUGAUAUUCACGCUCACUACCGUCGAGGCCAGA